GGUCCCCCUGACUCCCCCGUUCCCCCCCCAGGGCUGUCGGACAUCCCGGGGGAGGCGAUGGUGAAGCUGUACUGCCCCAAGUGCAUGGACGUCUACACCCCCAAAUCCUCCCGGCACCACCACACCGACGGCGCCUACUUCGGCACUGGCUUCCCCCACAUGCUUUUCAUGGUGCACCCCGAGUACCGCCCCAAGCGCCCCGCCAACCAGUUCGUCCCCAGGCUCUACGGUUUCAAGAUCCACCCCAUGGCCUACCAGCUGCAGCUCCAGGCCGCCAGCAACUUCAAGAGCCCCGUCAAGACCAUCCGUUGAGGGAGGGGGACCCCUGCAGGCCCCCCCAAAUCCC